CCGAUCCUUUCUUCCGCUUGGCCAUUUCUACAAAAGUAGUGAACCAAAACAAAUCGACGAAGUUGAGAAGCAUCCGAAAAGCGAUCAGUCCAACGGCCACAAAAUGUCAGACGACAAGAAUAAUAAUUUGCUCAAGCUUGAGAAUUUUGUCCAACCGCUUAUGGGGGCAAACUGCUCUGAAUAUGCAGUGGCCCAUGCAAAUGUGAAUGUGACGCCGUUUCGCACAUUCGCAGAGGUUUCGAUGCUGCCGGAUAUUGUGCACAGGAUGAGGAAACUGGGCCUGAACCGUCUGCAGCGGCUGCAGAGCUAUGCCUGGCCACAUAUCCUCAAUGGACCGGGUCACGGUGUGCUCAUUGUGAGUGCCCCACGCAGCGGCCGCACAAUGGGAUAUGUGCCGCCGAUUUGUCACGCUGCCAGUACGACUCUGGCCGCAAAUCGCCAGAAGAGAGAAAUGGCGGAUGACUUGUUGAAUAUCUCACAUGGAAUUGGACCCAUUGUUCUGAUUCUAGUUCCAGACGUGGCUCGAAUGGAGCAGGUGGCCGCCCUAUGCAGAGCACUCAUGCCCCAGGAUGAGACCUUGGAGGACUUGUCGACCAUUAGGGUGACAAAGGUGUUGACCGUUCCAUCGGAGUGUACUGUCACAUUAAUGGGCGCGUGGAUCAGCGAAAUAGGCAUCUUGGUGGCCACCCCCGCCCGAUUUGCCAACGCAUGCCGGCAAGGGGAGGGCCUGCUAAAGCUUAAUCAGCUGCAGAUAGUGGCCUUCGAUGACGUGGAACUGAUGCAGCAAGAGGAACUGAAGCUGGCCCAGCAGUACAUUCCAAGCAUGACGGCCAAACAUAGUAGGCCAAUACGCAAAGGCUCCCAACAUUAUCCACGUCCACAGGUGCUGAUGGUUUGCCAACACUUGACUCCAUCCCUGUUUGCUCAGAUGCGGCGUUUCAAUCAAUAUCCGUGCCUGAUAUUUGGCGAUCUCCUGGAAGCUGCUCUCUAUGGAGGUAUGCGAUUGUUGGUCAAUAUGGUCGGACCCAAGGACAAGGUUGCUGCGAUCGUAAAUAUGCUUCGUCAGCGCCCGCCGGAAGAUUAUCGCACCAUAAUAUUCUGCGAUAAGGAUGUGGAAAUGGCCCAGCUGGGUGUGGCCUUAGCGGAGUACGGAUACCAAUGUCUGGCUUACUACCAGACCAUGGAUAUGGAGCAGCUCGAUAAGGUAUGCAGCUGGACGUGUGACAGUCGGGGCGUCAUCUUUGUCUGCACCGACAACUGUCCCGAGUUGAGGAUACGCAAUGCGCACACCAUCAUCCACUACAACAUGAGCAGCUCAUGGAGCAGGUUCAAGAAGCGUUUCAUGUUUCUUUCCGACAAUGUGGCCAACGCCCUGGAACCUUCCAAGGCACCAGCCCCUCCGACAGCCACUGCAAAGGAUCAACGGAUCCUGGAUUCGCUUGCCCUGUUGGAUGAGACAAAUGCCAGGCAGCUGCCACGUCUGGUUGACUUCAUGCUGCUCCGCAACAAAGUGGAUCCCAAAAUCGUGGAGAUGGCUGCUCGCAUCCGAAAGCAGUUAAACAUGACGAAAACAAUCGCAAAGCCAAUGUGCGGGGAGAUCCUGAGCCACGGCGACUGCUGGAAUACCAGAUGCGAGGAUCGUCAUUAUCUUCAUGAAUCAGAUCGCCGUUCAUCGGCUGUGCCCUGUGAGGGAGACAUUAAGGUCAACGUGGUCCACGUGCACUCUCCGGGACACUACAGCGUGAUCGCCUUCGAGCACAAGCCCAUGGAGGGUAAAUGGUACAGUCUAAACCCUGACCGUAAUUUGCCGGCUCUGAUGAAUAUAAGGCUCAGUGGGGAUAAGGCGAAACCACUACCGCGCUACUGGCCACCGAGACACCAAGCCGUGUGCCUGUGGAAGCCCGAGCCUGGGGCAGUAGCUGGCUAUGUCUAUGAGCGUGUCCGGGUGCUUAGUGUGCCACCCAUUGAGAAUGAAAAUGUGUACCAGUCGUCCAUCAUGGUGCUCGUCCAGGCAAUGGACCAUAACACGCGCCGUUUCGAGACCAAGUGCAAGUCGCUCCAUAUCUGCCCCGAUGAGUACGUCAACGAGCCGCCGUUGUCCAUUGACCUGCGCCUGCUGGGAAUGAUUAACCACAUGGGUGAUCGGUACUAUGCUCGCGUAGACGCGAAUACGGUUGAAAACUGGCUGGAUAAUGCGCCCAAGGACCACUUCGUCCAGGCCAAAGUCGUCUUCUCCACUUCGCACACGAUCUUCGUCUCAUGCAUGGCGUCCAUGGUCUAUCUUAAGUCAUUGAAGACAUUCAAUCUCCACUUGAACCUGUUCAGAGCCCAGAUCGAGGCCAAAAUGAGCAAGCGAUGUGCCGCAACCAAAGCGAAGAUUUUGAAGUUCUUUGAGGAGCUUAUCAAGCUGGACGAUCCCACGAUUCCCCAAGAGCCACCAGAACAGGAACAGGAACAUGCACAGGAACAGGAACAGGUGGCCAAUGGGCACAAAGACCAGCACAUCGUCGAAGACAUGGGCAAGUGCUCACCCUCAGAACAAGACGUUUGGCCGCAGGCCGGGUUAGAGUUUGUACUGGAGGCCCAAAGGCUUAAGAUGGAUCUGGAAGAGACCAACGGCAUGCUGGAACCUAAGCAGAGUCAGAGACCUGCAGUGCCUGUUGACCAGGAACAGGACCAGGACCAGGAGCAGGAGCAGGAGCAGCCUGAAGAAUCAGAAGCUUCCGAUCUGAAAGUUGUACCAGUGAAAGAUUUUUACGACUGCUUCAUGAGAUGCGAAGCGCUGGAUCGCAUCGAGGAUAUGCAAACGGCCACUCGCUCGACGGCUUCGAAUAAUCGCCAUCAGAUGUUGACUGAAGCCCCCACAGUCCAGCCCUCGAAGGAGUCCAAGAAGAAGUCGCAACAAGAAAUAAACAAAAAAUCAAACGGCAAGCAACUAUCCACCAAUACAGGAAUAACAGCGAGCAAUGCUGCUCUUAUACUCCAAUCUGGAUCGCGUCCCAAUGUCAAAUACUUCCAGACACCCCAAGCCCUCCAUCUGCAGGUCACGAUGGUCGAUGAAAAGAUGUCCUACAAGACAUGUGUCCAACACGGAACCUGCAUUUACUUCAAGGCCAUCCCGGCAGAUGGACCUGUAGAUGGAUCUGGAGCCUCCACUUGCAACUUCAGUAGUGUCCAUGAGUUCUUUGUAAACACACGCAUGAUCCUCAAAGGCAUACAACAUGCCAUGAGGGGGCGCACUGUGUACAUUGAGCUGCAAAAGGUGAAACCAGGCUACCAUCCAACACAAUUUGUUCACUUGAAGUUCUUUCAACCGAACUACGACAAGAUUGCGAUGGAGGAAAAGUGGCACCUGCGUGAGAAAAACUUCCUCAAACAGUUGAUGAAGGAUCAUGGAUGGGGUGUGCUUAAACACUCUGCGUGCGCAGAAAGCAGCGAGGAGCCCGUGUCCGAAUCCGAAUCGGAGGAUGGUGUGGAGCGACCUGAAGACUACAGGAAGAUUCACAUGACAUAAACGUCUGAAGAGCAUGAGCCACGCAGCAUGAAAUAGAUGGCGAUUCCAAAGUUUACAAUUACUUCCAAAUCUGAAGUAUCUUUGCAUGCCAUAGCUAACAUAUUGAUAACGCAAUGUGCACUUGACACUUGCGACACGCAAACGCAUGAAUAAACCAACCUCAUAACAAACAAUUGUUUGCCAAACUCCUGUGUGGGGUAUUGGUCUCUCAGCUUACAAAUGUCUAGAGCACUACAGACAGUCAGUCCCACCCAAGUGUGCUUCCCCGAACCCCAAGGGUGGUACAGCAGAAUCUCGCAAACUAGAACCACAUUGUGGGUUGAUUCUAAUUUCUGAAAAUUCUAAAAA